UUUGUCAAAGCGCACACAAACGACCAAAUCGAAACUAGGCUAAUAAGCAUUAAAAAUGUUCUUUUAGAUCAAGGUUUAAAGAAAAAUUCGGAAAAAUUGAAGAUAAACAAAGAGUCAGUUUGUCGGGCGUAUUCUUGAAAAUAAUCGAUGGUAUGCCCGCAGCAACGAUGUUUUCCAAAUUCAAAAGUGGAGCAACCGGUCCACAAAAUCCAAUUGAUAGCAAUCCGAUAACACAAUAUUUUGAAAUCGGAAAGCAGACAGCAUGUGCUGGACCGGAAUUAGUUUGGAAAAUUCAUGAUGCCUACAAGAAAAGCGAUGGGAAGGAAUGUUCGGUAUUUUUAUUUGAGAAGAAAAUUGCGGAGAAAUUGCAUAAACCGAAGAGAAAGGAGACUGUGACAGAGUUACUGCGAGCGUCGGUGAAACAACUGGAGAGAUUUAGACAUCCCAAGAUACUGCAAAUAAUUCAUCCGAUUGAAGAAUGUCCGGAUACUUUAGCCUUUGCAACGGAACCAAUUCUAGCGAGCUUAGCGAACGUUUUAGCAUUCCAGGAGUCAGCUUGCGGCCUGAUGUCAGGACCACCCAGUACAGGUGCAUCUAAUGUCGGUCCACAGCAAACUGUUACACAACGCCCUGCUCAUGCCCGCGAAUACAGUUUUUUAGAUAUUGAGCUUAAAUAUGGAAUAUUGCAGAUAACCGAAGCAUUAUCUUACCUACAUUAUUCGGGUCAUGUGAUACAUAGAAAUGUUUGUCCGUCUUCAAUUUUAGUUACUAAGAAAGGAACAUGGAAACUUGCUGGAUUAGAAUUCAUUGAACGAGUUAGUGAAACCGAUGCAGCAGACUCUAUUGUUUGUCAACCAUGGAGUACGCGUGUCUCCAAAAUGGCACAACCGAAUUUAGAUUAUAUGGCUCCUGAAAUACAAACGCUCUCUACAUGUAGUAUACUCGGCGAUAUGUUCUCGCUCGGAAUGGUGAUAUGUGCGAUUUUCAAUCAUGGGCGGCCAUUAAUUCAAGCCAAUAACUCAACAUCAGCGUACUUAAAGCAAUUGGAAAUGCUAGACGAUGCCGUACACAACAUGCUUCCACGAGUACCCAUCCCCUUGCAGGAAGCAACGUCCCGUUUGGUUAGCAAGGAUCCAACAUCUCGACCAACAGCUCAACUUCUCCAAUUGAUUAAAUACUUCAAUGAUCCAGCCGUACAUGCCUUACAAUUCUUGGACGUGAUAAAUAUGAAGGAUCCUACACAGAAAUCACAUUUCUAUCGGACAACGCUUAAAGAAGUGCUUCCGUUCAUACCGAGGAAAUUAUGGUGGCAGCACGUUUGGCCUUGUUUGCAGCAAGAAAUGAAAACGGCAGAGGUGUUAGCGGCCGUCCUGCAGCCAGCUCUUGCACUUGUACAAGAGUCGAAACCUGACGAGUAUGAAACAAUUAUUUUGCCUACGUUCAAAGUUGUAUUUGCAUCGCCCAAAUCAAUACAGGCUAGCGUAACCCUUCUCGAGAAUUUGCAUGUGAUAUUAGAGAAAACGCCACGUGAAGAUAUUAGGACGGAUGUGCUCCCACUUCUAUUCAACGCCUUUGAAAGUACCACGAUCCAGGUGCAGAGCGCUGCACUAGUAGCCGUGACAAAUGUUUACGAUUGUAUUGACGAGGCCUCAAUCAAGAAAAUGGUUCUACCCAAGAUCAAAAUGGUUUUUGAGAAAAACCAUACAGACGUCAAGAUUGUGUCAAAUGUUUUAUCAUGCAUUGAAAGAACCUUGGAAAAAUUGGACAAGGCACAGAUCAUCGAUGAGGUUCUGCCGCUUUUGUGGGACGUACGAUUGGGAGAUCCCGAAAUUAUUCUUCGCGUUGUGAAUAUCUACCGAAUAAUGUUAAGUGAUAAAAAAUAUGGUCUUUCCGUUAACAUAAUGGCGACACGAGUAAUGCCAUCACUUAUUCCACACACCGUUAAUCCUUCACUGAAUUUGGAACAAUUCACGAUUUUACUUGAGGUGCUCCAGGAGAUGUUGGACCAUAUCGAUCGGCAACAACGUAAUAAACUAAAAUUGGACAAUUUGUCCAUUCCAUCGCCUGAACGACAUCGUCCACUACGACAUCAAUUCUCAUCGGAUAAUAUGCACGUACCACCAUUUAACAUACCGAAUUUGAGGAUAGAUCAGCGAAAAACUUCAAGCGCCGAGGAUAUGGCCCGGAAAAAUUCAGGAGGCGCCGGUAUGUUGGGAGGUUGGUGGUUUGGUGGCUCUCCAUCUUCACCUGAUAGUAAUUUCCUACGUGUUGCUAACGCGUUUCCAAAUCGAAGACUAUCCGAUAACACGUUAAUGACACCCAAGAUACGGAUAGCUCCCUCUUGCGCUUCAUCGCCAGGUGGAACUCCUGGUGGUGGUUUGCCGAUACGACGACAUUCAAGUAUAGGUCCCCAGGAACGACGAAGUUCUGCGAUAAAUCUUUCUCCGCCAACGCUUGCACGGAGCAUGAUCGGAGGAUCAAUGCCCAACACAUCAAGCAGCGUCCCCUUUUUACUAUCAUCCAGCAUGCAAUCAAUACGUUCACGUCGGCCAUCUACUGUUUUAUCAUCUGGACCCUUGGGUUCAGGGUCAGGUCUCUUGCAACAAUUGGGAUCAGGAAUGGUAAGACAGCUUGCUUCAGUUUCGGGUAACGCUAGUCCUGUACAUCAAGGUUCAAUCUACGGUAGCCGAAACUACGUCCGAAAGUGUCCGUCACUCAAUAUAACAUUUAGUAACUAACAAAACUAACGAACGUUUGAAAAUUAAUCUUUCGAUUUUAUCCAAUUCAAAAAUGUUGUUAUUUUCGUAGAUAGUCUUUGAUAAUAAUGAAUGUUAUUUCGUUGUGUAAAUUGUUUUUAACAGCAACAAUGAAUUUAUAUUCGAAUUAAGGUUAUUGCGGUUCAAACGAAAUAUUUAUCGACUUUAAAUAAAGUGAAUUUUUGAAAAUGGUAUUUUCGCGAACUACGUAUAAGAUUUUUUUAGUCAGGAUCAUUGUUUAGUAUUUAUCAGACAAAAUUAUAUGAAAUGGCAGGGCAGAGUUUGUGCUAAAGAAAUUUACAUUCGCUUUGAAUAAAGUCCUGUCGACUUGUUAGUUGAAAAUAUUUUUACUUUAUUUGAAAAAAAAAUUAGAUAGUCCACAGUAAAAUCGAAACAAAUUUCUUAAAAAUGCCUCGUUAUAGAGUAGCCGUAAAAUGAGAUUAAAUGGAAAGUAAUAAAGUAAAUCCAACUGUAAAUAGUUGAUUUAAUAUUAAACAUGUAACCAAAAUCAAAUAUUUUUGAUUGAA